AAAACAUACAGCCUAAUUUCAAUAAAAAGCGUAUUUCCUUAAUACGUUUUAGGCAGUCUUGUUAACAAAUUAGAACAAUAAACAUUUGAAAACAGAUAAAACGAUUAAUAACGAAAAAAAACAAAUAAAGAUGUUUGAAUAUGUGUUUUACAAAGUGUGGAUUAUUUCCUUAAUCGUCAUAUUCGCUGUAAAGUGUAAAGCAAAUUCCGAAAUGCAGGCUGAAAUAACCAAAUAUCGUGUGGCUCCUACCGAUGAGAACGGUGUCUUUAAAUACGCUUACGCUACCAGUAAUGGUAUUGAUGUACAAGCUGCCGGCAGUCCUAUUGAAUCUAUUGGCAUUUACAGUUACAUCUCACCCGAAGGCGUACCCAUAGAAGUGCGUUAUAUUGCCGAUGAAUUAGGUUUUCAUGCUGUUGGCCGUCAUUUACCUCGUCCACCACCAAUACCCGAUUAUAUUUUACGUUCUUUGGAAUACAUAAAGAAACAUGCGCCGCCACAGAAAUUUUGAAUCAAUAUUUCUCAAGAAGUGAUUUGAGUUGAGUGUUUCACUGAAAGAUCAGUGAGUGUUAAAGUACAAUUAACAAAGUAUAUGUGUGUGUUUUUAGUUUUAAGU